UCCGUCAGUUGUUUACCAAUUCGCCGCGUAAGUUUCGUUCCACCUUACUGAGAGCACGACGGGUGUACAUCUUUUGAAUUAUUAGUACCUGAAUUUAUAUCUAAUUGUUUGUGUUUUGUUAACAACUGUUUCUACAAUGGCCCACAUUAAUGGCAAAGAAAACCUUCAUACCGGAUUAAAUAAUGUACACAUUAAGUCUCCUGUCAAAAACGUACUCGCUCUACGAAACGGUAACGACAAAGUUCAGAUCGAGAAAAUGGAAAUAGAAAAGGAAGCCGACAAACAGAAGUUUGACCCUCAGUUGGAGCCCCUGCUGAGAGAGAAUCCUCGGCGAUUUGUCAUAUUCCCAAUUCAAUACCCCGAUAUAUGGCAGAUGUACAAAAAAGCGGAGGCUUCCUUCUGGACUGUUGAAGAAGUUGAUCUGUCAAAGGACUUAAAUGAUUGGGAAACUCUGAAAGACUGUGAGAAGCAUUUUAUCAAGCAUGUCCUUGCCUUCUUCGCUGCUUCUGAUGGUAUUGUUAACGAAAACCUAGUGGAGCGCUUCUCCCAAGAAGUGCAGGUCACAGAAGCUCGGUGCUUCUAUGGGUUCCAGAUAGCUAUGGAGAAUGUACAUUCAGAAAUGUAUUCAUUGCUCAUUGACACUUACAUAAGGGAUCCUAAAGAAAGGGACUUCCUCUUCAAUGCAAUUGAAACCCUUCCCUGUAUAAAGAAAAAGGCAGAUUGGGCUUUGCAAUGGAUAGCCAGUAAGACUGCUACAUUUGGUGAGCGCAUUGUAGCCUUCGCUGCAGUGGAGGGAAUCUUCUUCUCUGGCAGUUUUGCUUCUAUCUUUUGGCUUAAGAAGAGGGGACUCAUGCCAGGACUCACAUUCAGCAAUGAACUGAUAUCUCGAGAUGAGGGCUUACACACAGACUUUGCAUGCCUCAUGUUCAAGCAUCUAGUACAGAAGCCAAGUAAGGAGUGUGUGUUGCAAGUCAUAAAAGAUGCGGUUGUCAUUGAACAAGAGUUUCUUACUGAUGCGUUACCAGUGCGGCUACUGGGCAUGAACUGUGAACUGAUGUCAGAGUACAUUGAGUUUGUUGCUGACAGGCUACUGGUUGACCUUAUUGGAGAAAAGCAUUACAACACCAAAAACCCAUUUGACUUCAUGAAUCUCAUCUCCCUGGAAGGCAAGACAAACUUUUUCGAAAAGAAAGUUGCUGAGUACCAGAAAUGGGGAGUAAUGUCGAAUCCAAUGGACAAUGUGUUCACACUGGACGCCGAAUUUUGAUUUUAGCACUUCUCUACUUUUGUUCUAAGACUGACAGUAUUAGAUAAUUUCAUUUUAGUAAUGAUUCUGACUUGCUUUAACGUUGAAAUGUUACCAGUGAACCUGGUAUGACUGCAUGAUUGGCUAAAAAAUUUAACUUCAAAUAAGUCUUAAAGUGAGAAUUAUUUUAAACAAAACUAAACUAAGUGACAAAAAACUGCAAACUCUGUAUUUUAAUAUUGCACUAAGUAACUUUUGUUAACGUUAUUUAUAUGCAUUGACGAUAAACUGUCCGUUUCUGAAACUGAUUUCAUUUAUUAAGUUAGGUAACUUUGUUUUUCAUUGUAACUAUAACUUCAGUUGACUAUUGCAAAUGAUUUUAUUUAUAUUGAACACAAUAAUACAAUUUUUUAAUAAUGAGUAACACCCAUUUUUCUACUUAAUGAAAAAGCGUAAUCACUUAAAUCGCCAAUACUAUUUUUAUAAGAGGAAUAUACAAGAACAAUUAUUAUUUUAGAGGAAGUGUCAUUUAAAUUGAUAUAGGUCAUAUUAUAUCAGCACUACUUACUUAAUUUAGAUAAACUUACAUUUUAUUAUAUUUAAUAAGAUAAGAAGUCUAAUGUAAGAUUCAAGAAUGUAGGUUAAGUGUAGAAAUAAAUAGUACUAAUUUUGCAAUAACUAAUAAUAUUAGGUAUGUAAUUUCGAAUCAAAUGUUACGAGGAUAUCUGAGUUAAUGAUGUUUUCAAUUUGAAUCUUUGUGAUAUUAUAAAUUUAAUUUUGAUAUGUAAUAUAUUCAAUAAAAUGAUCUUUAUUUGCAAC